AUGUCGGUGCCUGGGCUUACGCAGGCGGGCAUGUCCCUACCUCAAGAUCCUUUUUUACCACAAAGCAACUCAUUAGGGCCAGCUUUCCUCGAUGAGCAAGGAUGUCUUUGCGCUUUACGAGGAACGAAGAGUAUAAACAGUCAAGAUGCAUCAUGGGAAUGUAUCGGAAACCAAACGCAAGGUGUAUACGCCGUAACGACGGGAAAAUGGUUCAACAAUCAGGGCACCACUUCCUUGCAGGACAAUCUUCCGAUAUGGGAUGCGUCGAGCAAGCCGGAUCUGAGCAAGGCCUUGAUGUACAGCAAUGACACGAAUGCUCUAGUCGAUCUUGAUGCCAAAAAGCUCAGUGUUUGGGAUCAAGCAUGCACUGGUCGUAACCGUACUGGAUUCUCGACGUCGUAUUACAGAGCAUCAGCGCAACUCCAAGCUAACAACACUCCCGUCGACGCCGCUCCAUGCUGGCGACCCGGUGCGAUUUCGAUCGAAAUCCAGAAUGUGACAAACUGGAAUAUCAACGGAUGUAACCCGGGUUUUCUAUGUGCUAAUAACACAGUCAACUCGUUACCACAAUUUUGUCCGCCCAUCACAGAAUGUCAAAUCGCGAGAUUAGCAGGUUUUACUUGCUCUUUGGGGGGCAGGAAUAUUGGUAUGGGCCCAUUCGAGCCCGUCGUCUGCCAGCAAGGGUAUUACUGUCCCACCUCUUCCGGGGGCAGAGAAAUGAUCCCAUGUCCGACUGGCACGUAUUGCCAACCCGGCGCCCCCACACCGACACCGUGUAGUUUCGGAAGCCGAUGCCCGGAAAAAUCGUCAUUCGAGACAUUCCUAAUACCUAUAGCCGUCCUUAUCUUUGCCGACGUUCUCAUCCUGCUCGCAUUAAUAUGGUACCACAUCCGCAAGCGUUUUUGGAGGAGUCGGCAGCAGACGAUCGCCGGUCUAAACAGAAAGAAGAAUACCUUUAUGGGGGGUAGUACUGGGUAUAAGGAGCUGCGCGAUGAGACUGAACACGACCAUGAAAUGGCGCCGAUGCAGGCCACGUACAUGCCGACCCGAGAUGCGUGGACCGGUUUUGAAGCCGCGUUAGAAAUGCCGACUCCGGAAAGCUCUCAGAUGGAUAUUAGCGAAAGCACAUUCUCGCCCCAGCUCCUAGCAUUCGUCGAAUCUAUGCGAAGAGCAACCGAUGGUGCGCGAUUUGGUUUGUCGUUUGCGUAUACCGAUCUCAGUUUCCAGCCUAAGGGCAGCACGAAACCGAUUCUGCAAAACGUCACAGGUUCUAUUGAUCGUGGAUCUCUCACGGCUGUUAUGGGUGGUUCCGGUGCUGGAAAGAGUACUUUCGUCAACGUUCUCAUGGGCAAAAUUACCAAUACCGGCGGUAGUGUUAUGAUCAACAACGUUCCCGGGAAGAUUAAGAAGUACAAGAAACUUAUCGGUUACGUUCCGCAAGAUGAUAUCGUCCUCCCAGAACUCACGGUCUACGAAAAUAUCCUACACUCAGCAAGGAUACGACUUCCCCGCGCUUGGAAAGACGUCGAUAUAAAAGCCCACGUCGACUCCGUCAUCGAUUGUCUAGAACUCUCCCACGUCCGCGAUUCAUUAGUAGGCAGCGUCGGUAAACCGGUUAUCAGCGGUGGUCAACGAAAACGAGUCAGCAUCGGCAUGGAACUCGCCGCCGCGCCCAUGGCCAUCUUCCUUGACGAACCGACCUCCGGCCUCGAUGCCACUGCCGCAUCCUCCAUCAUGCGCACCCUAAAAGCCAUCGCGCGCCUCGGUAUCUCCGUUAUCGUCAUUAUCCACCAACCGCGUAUGGAAAUUUUCGAAAUGCUAGACGACCUAAUACUUCUCGCUAACGGACAAAUUAUCUACGAGGGCCCUGAAGCCGGGGUCCGGGAUUUCUUUGGGGAAGUUGGGUUUCAGUUCCCGCCGCACGCGAAUUUCGGCGAUGUCGUGACGGAUAUUAUUACGGGUAAUGGACGGCAGUAUAAACACGCGGGUGAUAUAUCGAAGGAGGCGCUGAUUGCAAGAUGGGCGGCAUCAAGACAGAAUGCGUCGAUACGUGAUAAACAUGCUUCGCUACGGUACUCACGGACUUCGAUCGCGGAGAAUAACUCAAAGGGUAGGGAAUUACUAAGGAAACGAGGUGCACCCCGUCUAAAGCAGCUUUGGUUAUGUUUCGUUCGCGCGAUGCUACAACAGUGGCGUACAAGGUCCGCGUUCUGCUUCGAGAUGGCGCUUGCGACAGUUGCAGGAUUACUAUUGGGAUUGGCGGAGAACUCGAAGAAGGGAGUACUGUUCACGGGUAUUUAUAAUGCACCGUAUGACGUCCUGUCUCUUGCUACAGACAUUAAGUCGGUCCCGGAACUGGCUCUUCUCACGGCUAUCGCUAUCGGUCUAGUUUCCGCGGCUCCAGGUGUCCGAGUGUUCUCCGAAGAAAUGCUCCUAUAUCGACGAGAAGCGGAGGCGGGACACUCGCGCAUUGCGUACUUCCUAGCUAAGAAUAUUUCAGUGAUUCCGCGCAUGGUAUUCGCAUGCAUGCACUUCUCAACACUGAUCUUGCUUCUUGCGACACCCAUUAUUGGAUGGGGAAUAGCAUUCCUAGCAAACCUGGUUUAUUUCUUCUGCAUCUACGGAUUGGCGAGUUGCGUAAGCAUGGUUGUACGACGAGAAGAUGCGCCAUUAUUUGCGACCAUGAUCAGUCUGAUCGUGGGCAUCUUAUCUGGAGCCGCGCCACCGCUGGCUAGUGUCAUGGAAUGGCACAUGGAGUGGUUAUGGCGUGCAUCGCCCGGCACCUGGCUCGCAGAGCUGUACUUUGGACGGAUGAUCGAACCUUUCCGAUACUUGUACCAAGUUGACCUAACUGCUCAAGCUGUAGGGUUUCACUUGGACUGGCAAUGGCGGAAUAUGUUGAUUCUACUUGGUAUCGGCUUCAUAUACAGAAUCCUUGCCUACAUAGGCUUGCUUGUGGGAAGUCGUCUGCGUAUAUAG